AAACUGUUUCAUGAUUUCCUGGAAGUAGUUUCAAGAGGUGAUGUGGAACUCAUUUGUGACCAUAUUACUAUUACAUCCAAAGACUGGGAAUACACCUCUCAUUACUGCAGCAGAAGAAAAUCUAAUAGAGGUUGUUGGAUUUCUUCUGGAAAACGGAGUAGAUAUCACCCUUUGCAAUUCCAGAAAUCAAACCGUGGUCCAUGUGGCUAAUUGUGAUGUCCAAAGGCAACUCUUGGCCAUCAAUGGAGUCCAGGUUCCCCAAAUGCAACUUCUACAAAGUUCAUGGCAAGGUGACCUUGAACAACUUCAACACUUGCUGGCAUCUGAAGAGUUCCUGGAUAUAAAUCUCCCAAACCAACAUGGCUUGACCCCUCUGAUGCUGGCUGUGAGAGAUGUGGACCUGUUUGAGAGUCUUGAUAUGUUAACCCUCUGUAGACCUGCGGAGGUUCUGUCUGAGCUCCUCAGGCAUCACGUAGAUUCUAAACUCUGUGAUUUUAGUGGAAAAUCAGCAAUACAUUAUGUGUCACAAAUAGAAAGUUUCAGGAAACAGCAGUUAUUGGACAUUCUAAUGAAUUCUAUGCCCAAACCAGAAAGACAUUCUGAAUCAUUGCUUGACAUUCGUCAUGAUACAAACUCUUCUCCAACUGAUAUGAUGACAGUUACUAAAAACCAAAAUAUAAUCUUGUAAAGCAUCAACAGCAGGGAGGAGUUUGACCAAGAUGAUGUCUGCACUCAUUCCAUACUGAUUAGUGAAAGAGGAGAUCCAAGUGGUGAUGGACAAGACUGGCAACCCAGGACAGAAGGGUUUUCCUCUUCUAAUAUGAAGUAUAGUAGCCGGAGAAUUGAGUUCCCUCAGCCACCAUUGUCACCCUUGCCUGUGAGAUCUGGUCUCCUUACUACACCCCCAAAUCAUAAGGAUCAAAAGGAGAGAGAAAGAAAUAUUCCAAGCUUUAUAUCUUUCAUACCUGAGCUCUCAGAGCCUGUUAGUCGAUCUGAUGAGUUUAGACCAUCAAACACAGAAGGAAGCACCGUUCAAGGUUUAGAGGGUCAGACUCUCAGGUCAUUUGAUAGCUCUAUCUGGUCCAGAAACAUGUGCUCUUUUUGGAAGGCUCACCAUCACAGACAACACCUGGAGACAGAGGAGAGUAGGAAAUCCAAGGAAACAGAGGGAUGUGUCAACACUGAAAUCUCUCACUUUGAAAAAGGACAGUCUUUGGUGUCCUUUGAGAAUUUCAAGGAAGGCAAUUUUCCUACAGAUAGGGAAGUGGAUAUUGACUGCCUUGGUGCUGAACUGAGAAGAGCAGAAGAGAACACUCCACCUCUUUCAUCAGGAAAGAAAGAGGGUUCAGUAGCCAGAAACUAUGAACAAGAUUCAGAAGCUGGAUAUAUCAAACCAGUCAAGUUCCAAGAAGCCCUGCGUUCAGAAAUAACUCUAAGCCUGGAUGAAGGGAUUAGAAAUGAUAAAGCUGAUUCAGAAACUGCUUCAGCACAUAAAGGGGAAGUGAUUGAGCCAAAUCAUAUUUCAGAAGACUAUACUGUUCUUAAAAGUUUGUCCAAUAUAGUUCCUCAUGACCUCAUUGAAAAGCUCCCAGAAGAUCACAGAAGCAUGGAGACAAACAUAAAAAUAUCAGUAGCAGAGGCAGCCAAACCAGAAACAAAUGGGAUGGUGCCUCUUAUCCACAUCACUUUCCCCGGAGAUGAAACUCCCAAGGAACCAGCAAUAACUAAGCCAAGCCUCCAGAAAAGAAAGGGCAUCCUUCAUAACAAUAGUAGCUUCAACAUACUUGCAGACCGAAAUGACAGGCAUAAAAUGAAAACCCAUAGAAAUAAGUUGGAUUCAAAGACCAAGGCCAGUAACAGGACACCUCAGAAUUUCAUGGUUUCCAUUGAAAGUUCCAUGAAGCCUACCAUGCACAAAACCAGCAUAAAAACUCAAGUUUUUCCUGCUCUGGGGCUUGUGGACCCCAGACCUCGGCAAUCACCCAAGUUUCAAAAGAGAAUGCCACAGAUAGAAAAGAAGCAAUCCGGGACUUCCCUGCAAUCCACUUACCGAGCUUUGAAACCUAAAAAGCAGUCAUUGCCUUGCAUCUGUAAAAAUCCAGGAAUAAAAAAGUCUUCUGUUCCUCUCUCUGCUCAACCAACAGAGCCAAGACUAAAUUACUGAGAUCUGAAGUACAGUGACAGGUUCAAAGAAAUCAGUUCAACUGCAAAUGGACCUGGAAUCUACGAAAUGUUCAGGACUCCUGUUUAUCGUCAGAUGCGAGAGGCUGAACAGCAUGAAAACAAAUAUUUCCGAGAGAUAUGCUCAGCUCCAUCGGGCAGAUGUGUCACCAAUAAAUGUCGAUCUUCACACAGUGAGAGGACCAGCAAAAGCCGAACCAGACUUUCUCAGAAAAGACCACAUAUUACCCCGAAGUCUUCUCUUGGCAUUAAACAAAAGCACAAAAGUUUAAUUUCUAAAGAAAAGCGUUGCCAGGCUGUAAGUAGCAACGACACUGAAAAUGGUGAUGGUAUUUCAGAACCAGAAUAGCAGAUAGAGUCUUCAGGAAAUGACUUUCUAUCUUCCAAGGAUGAAGUUCAGCCCAUGAUCAUGGUUCAGACUCAUGAGCAGUCCAUCGAACAAAACGAAUUCCUUCCUGUCUCAGAUUUGUCCAUUGUUGAGGAAGUCUCCAUGGAAGAGUCUGCUGACGAAGGAGACAUUUCUAGCAAUCAGAUACUUGCCACGAGCCUCAGAGAUCUGCGUGAACUCGAAGAGCAACUUCACCAAACCCCAUUUGUCCUUUCAGAAAACAGCUGGGCACUGCCCAGUGCGAAGAGUUCCAGCAAGCAUGUACUGCAAGAGAAGCAGACUAUAGCAUCUCUUGGUGAAACUAAUGCCAAUCAAAUUUUAACUAACGAUGUAGAGUUUGAGAGUGUUUCAGAUAAGUCUAAAACACUUAUGAGUUUCUCUUUCAAAGAGAAACAAGAAAGUGCAUCUUCUCAAGCAUAUCAACGUUGGGCACAGUCUUUGGAUCAUGAUAGUUUGGCUAAUAAGUCAAUUCCAUGUCAAACAUUUGGAAAAACUUUAAAUGAUGCAGAUUCAAUUUCCCAAGAAAUUCCAGACCCUGUAAAGAGUGAAGAAUCGACAGAUGAACUGUUAGGUUGUCUAGCUGCGGAACUACUAGCUCUUGAUGAGAAAGGUAACAACUCUUGCCAAGUAAUGGCAGAUGAAACAGAUCCUGAAAGCCGAAAUCUUGUCCUCAGUAAGAGAGGAAAUACCAUGCAAGAAUUAGGGGAGACAACAACUGUCAAGACACAGAGAUACAGUAAUGGCUUUGGGAUAUAUGACAAAGAGGAGAGAUUUUUCAACUCACAUGAAAAGAAGACAUUUUCUGAAAACAGUUUAAAGUAUGAAGAACCUAUCCUGUGGACCAAGGGUGAGAUCCUUGGGAAGGGAGCCUACGGCCCAGUAUAUUGUGGUCUUACUUGCCAAGGACAGCUAAUAGCUGUAAAACAGGUGGCUUUGGAUACCUCUGAUAAAUUAACUACUGAAAAAGAAUAUAGGAAGCUGCAGGAAGAAGUAGAUUUGCUCAAAGCACUGAAACAUGUCAACACUGUGGCCUAUCUGGGGACAUGCUUGGAGGAGAACACUGUAAGCAUUUUCAUGGAGUUUGAGACACCAGGAACAAUCUCUAGUGUUAUAAACCGUUUUGGGCCAUUGCCUGAGAUGGUGUUCUGUAAGUAUACAAAACAAAUUCUGCAAGGUGUUGCUUAUCUCUAUGAGAACAGUGGGGUGCAUCGAGAUAUCAAAGGAAAUAAUAUUAUGCUUAUGCCAACUGGAAUAAUAAAGCUGAUUGACUUUGGCUGUGUCAAGCGUUUGGUCUGGGCUGGCUUAAAUGGUACCCACAGUGACAUGCCGAAGUCCAUGCAUGGGACUCUGUAUUGGAUGGCUCCGGAAGUCAUCAAUGAGUCUGGCUAUGGACGGAAGUCAGACAUCUGGAGCAUUGGCUGCUCUGUGUUUGAGAUGGCCACAGGGAAGCCCCCACUAGCUUCCACGGACAGGAUGGCAGCCAUGUUUUACAUUGGCGCACACCGAGGGCUGAUGCCUCCUUUACCAGAACACUUCUCAGAAAACGCAGCAGACUUCGUGCGUGUGUGCCUCACCAGGGACCAGCAUGAACGACCUUCUGCUGUCCGGCUCCUGAAGCACUCCUGCUUGAGGAGAAGUCAUUGA